AAUCAUAAGUAAAAUCAAUCCAAAAAUGGCAUCCAAUUUUUUCAAUAUAAUUGCGCUUUUCCUAAGCUUGAUGAUUGUUGGAACAAUAAUAGCAUCUCCUGUUGAUCCUAAGAAAAGUUUUGGAUACUUUCUCAUGAAUGUUGCUUUGGAGUCAAUGAAUAAUAAUUCACCAAAUAACCAUACCUAUCGAAGUGGAACUCUGCUAAAAGCCAAAAAAAUCAAGACUGACAACAACAUUCCAAUUUUAAACGUAUCAGUACGACUAGAUCCUGAUUGUACUGGAGAAUCACUGUGCCUCCAAGAAAUAUGUAACAUGCUUAUCAAACAAGAUGAAUCCAACAACAUAAUUGUUGAUGACCAAUCAAAAGAAUGUCGUUAUGACAAAAGUAAACCAAACUCCAAUCAUUUAGAUGGUCGCUUCAAACGAGAAAUAAACUCUCAUAAAAUUGAUGAUAAUGAAAAAUGGAUGAAAGUACUUGCAUCUAGAGCUGGAGCAGAGUGGAUCAAUUACUGCAGAAAAUCAAAUACCAAUUGUUUAUGGUCACAUCAUGACCAUAAUGAAGUUAAAAUAAUCAAUGCAACAAGCAUAUCAGGUUUUUUUGUUCCCAAAUAUCAAAUCUAUUUUAAUUUAACUAAAGCCACUUGUGUUGAAACGAAACCAUUGCAACAUAAUUGUUGGUAUGAUGAUAGUUCAACCGUACUAUGCAAUGUUAAUAUAACUGACUCAUGGAAUUUUGUGAGAAAUAUAUAUCUUAAUACUAUUUGUGAUGAUAAGGGACCCGUUUUGUCGAGUUGGUACUAAGUAAACCAAUAUUUUAUUUGUCAAAUAGAAACAUAAGCUGUUCUGUAAACUAUGUAGUUUAGAUUGAGACUUAUUAAUUUGAAGAAUAUAUUGUUAAAGUUAACAUCAAUGAUCCAAUCAUCAAAAAUCUCGUAAAUAUACAAUUACUUUCGCAUCUAU